UUAAAAAAUGUAUCGAUAUCUAGGAGUAUUAUCGCUGCGAAUCUCCUCUUUCUUUCGUGAAACGCACAUCGCAAGGUGUAGACAUGGCGUCGAAAGUGUCCCGUGACACGCUCCUUGAGGGCGUCAGUGGUAUUCUGGAGCAUUCGCUCACCAAGAAGCGCGGCUUCCUGGAAACGGUGGAACUCCAAAUUGGCCUGAAGAAUUAUGAUCCCCAAAAGGACAAGCGUUUCUCCGGCACUGUUAAGUUGAAGCACAUCCCACGCCCUAAGAUGAAGGUGUGCAUUCUGGGCGAUCAGCAGCAUUGCGACGAGGCCAAGGCCAAUGGCGUUGAGUUCAUGGAUGCUGAGGCACUCAAGAAGCUGAACAAGAACAAGAAGCUGGUUAAGAAACUGGCCAAGUCCUAUGACGCCUUCCUGGCCUCCGAAUCGCUGAUCAAGCAAAUUCCACGUCUGUUGGGCCCCGGCCUGAACAAGGCUGGCAAGUUCCCUGGUCUUUUGUCGCACCAGGAGUCGAUGAUGGGCAAAAUCGAGGAGGUCAAGUCCACCAUCAAGUUCCAGAUGAAGAAGGUUCUGUGUCUGUCCGUUGCCGUUGGACACGUCGGCAUGAAACAGGACGAGCUCUCCCAAAACGUCAGCUUGUCGAUCAAUUUCUUGGUCUCGCUGCUGAAGAAGAACUGGCAGAACGUUCGCUCCCUGCACAUCAAGUCAUCGAUGGGCCCACCCCAGCGUCUGUACUAAAUUGUUGUGUGCUCGCUGCAAACAAAUAUUUUAUAUAAAUAAACUUUACAUUUGAUCAAUGUACGUAACUGGA